AUGGUUUUGUUUAAAUUUUUCGAAAAUUUUUUUUUGUAUUUUUCAGAAACAUUUUAUCUUUUUGGUGAUAUUGACAGAGAGAUGUGGAAACCUUUAUUAGACCAAUAUAAAUUACCUAGUUGGAAUUUACCUGGACACGAAUCUGCUUUAAGCUUUGGAAUUGCUGCUGUUGGAACUGGUGUUCCCUUUCAUUUUCAUGGACCUGGUUUUGCUGAAGUCAUAUUUGGAGCAAAAUAUUGGUUUCUUUCUCCUUUUGAAAAACGUCCAGAAUGGGAUCCAAAUGUUUCUACCUUACAAUGGAUGAAAGAAAUAUUUUCAAAUUUGCCUUUAGAAGAAAAACCGUUAAAUUGCCUUUUACUCCCCGGAGAAUUGAUUUAUUUUCCUGACAAGUGGUGGCAUGCUACACUAAAUGUCAAAACUUCUGUAUUUUUUAGUACAUUUUUAAGUCCAACUAAUAAUAAAAUUAAUGAGAUUAAGGGAAGUAAGAAAGAUGAAUUUUAA